UGUGAGAGAGAGAGAGAGCGAGUGUGUGUGAGCGAGUGUGUGUGUGUGUGUGUGUGUGUGUGUGUGUGUGUGUGUGUGUGUUGAUUCCGUCCCUCAGUGUUGAGAUGAAUGGAUCUUUGACCUUGACCGGUGUGUUAUGAGUCUGAGUCUCCAGGUGGCGCUGCAGGAGAUCAGUGUAUCUCCAGAAGUCUUGAGCUCAGGCUGGAGACUCCUUCAGCUCGGGACACACUCAGCUCGUAUCAGGCGUUACUCAGACGUCAUGGCUCUGCCGGACUCCUUCAUUCAGAAGCAGCAGCUGGACGCAUCAAUGGCCGACACGUUUCUGGAGCAUCUGUGUCUGCUGGACAUCGAUCAGGAGCCAAUCACAGCGCGGAACACCAGCAUCAUCUGCACCAUCGGCCCCGCCUCCCGCUCCGUCACCAAACUGCAGGAGAUGGUGAAGGCCGGUAUGGAAAUCGCCAGACUGAACUUCUCUCAUGGCUCUCAUGAGUAUCACGGAGAGACGAUCCGUAACAUCCGUAAGGCAGUGGAGACGUUGACCUCUGACCCACUGUACUACAGGCCUGUGGCCAUCGCUUUGGACACCAAAGGACCGGAGAUCCGCACCGGCCUGGUGAAAGGGUCUGCAGAUGCUGAGGUGGUGCUGGACCGAGGAGCGACGGUUCGGCUGGUGACCGCAGAAGUGGAUCGUGAUAAGACGGACGGGUCGGUGAUCUGGAUGGACUAUCCCAGCCUGCCCCGUGUGCUCAAGAAAGGAAGCAGGGUAUUCAUUGAUGACGGCCUCCUCGCUCUCAAAGUCCUGGAAAUUGGUGAGACGUGGGUGGAGGCUCGAGUUGAGAACGGUGGUAUUCUGGGUAGUCGUAAAGGUGUAAAUCUGCCGGGUGCGGAGCUGGUGAAUCUGCCGGCGGUGAGCGACCGCGAUCGAUCUGACCUGCUGUUCGGUGUCCAGCAGGACGUGGACAUCAUCUUCGCCUCCUUCAUCCGCUCGGCCGAGGAUGUGAGGGCCGUGAGAGAGGCGCUGGGAGCCAGAGGACAGAACAUCAAAAUCAUCAGCAAAGUGGAGAGCAGACAGGGAGUUCAGAAUUUCGAGGAGAUCCUGAAGGAGAGCGAUGGCAUCAUGGUGGCUCGUGGAGACCUGGGCAUCGAGAUCCCGGCAGAGAAAGUCUUCAUCGCUCAGAAGAUGAUGAUUGGACGCUGUAAUUCUGCAGGAAAACCGGUGAUCUGUGCCACACAGAUGCUGGAGAGUAUGGUCCAUCACACGCGUCCCACCCGUGCUGAGAGCAGUGAUGUGGCUAAUGCGGUGCUGGACGGAGCCGACUGUGUCAUGCUGUCUGGAGAAACGGCCAAAGGACACUUCCCUGUAGAAGCUGUUGCCAUGAUGCACUCGAUCUGUCGUGAGGCUGAGGCGGCCAUCUUUCAUCAGCAGCUGUUUGAAGAGCUGCGCCGUUUGACCCCGCUGAGCUCUGACCCCACAGAGGUCACGGCCAUCGGAGCCGUCGAGUCAUCCUUCAAGUGCUGCGCUGGAGCCAUCAUCACCCUCACCACGUCCGGCAGGUCGGCUCAUUUAUUAUCUCGGUAUCGUCCUCGCUGUCCGAUCAUCGCCGUGACGAGGAACGUCCAGGUGGCCCGUCAAUCACAGCUGCUCCGCGGCGUAUUCCCCGCCCUCUUCAGAGCUCCGCCCGCUGACGUCUGGGCCGAUGACGUGGACAACCGCGUCACAUUUGCCAUGGACAUCGGUAAAGCGCGGGGUUUCUUCUCAGCGGGUGAUAUGGUGAUCAUCGUGACCGGCUGGAGUCCUGGAUCUGGACACACUAACAUCAUGAGGGCGGUCACUGUGCUCUGAACCAGAGCCUCUGAUUCGCUGGAGUCACUGAUUGACAGCCCUGUGCUGAUUAACUCUGAUUAUGUGUGAUUUCUUCUUCACUGACACCCUUCAUAUGUCAAUCAUUUCUAUAGCAAUAAAUAAAUGAAAUAA